AUGAGCCCCCCUUCUGCAGACUUUGGGGAAUACAGUGAUGUGUUGUUUGAUUCCCUGCCAGGCCAUAAGGUGGUGAGUGGGACGUUCUCUCGACCGGUCCUCAUUGUGGGCUACCAUAAAAUAGUGGAGAUACCAGCUGGAGCCACAGACAUCAGGAUACAGGAGUCUGUCAAGACCAGGAACUACCUGGCGCUGAGGACUCAGAGUGGAGUCUCCAUCAUCAACGGCAACUGGGCAAUCGACCGCCCGGGCCUGAUCGUUGCAGUUGGAACCCGGCUGACAUAUCGGCGACCCAACGAGAUCCGGUCCAGAACCGGAGAGUCCAUCACCGCACCAGGACCCACCACGGAGGAGUUACAUCUAUACUUGAUCUAUCAGCAGCCUGGUCCCAGUGUGUAUUAUGAGUACAGCCUUCCUCUUCAAGACACACACACCAGCCCCGAGCCUCACACACACCCCGCCAUACUGCCCCUGGUUGAGACUGUUGGCCCCACCUACUCAGGAAGCGAUGACGUCACCAAUGGAAUGGGUGUGGCCAUCAAUGAUGUCAGAGGUGGGAGAGGCCAUCCCAACCAAGUGCUCUCUGACCCCAUGGUGAACCCUGACCUCUUGGCUCCUUCCUACGGCUGGAUCAGCAGCGGCCACACAGCCUGCAGCGCCUCCUGUGGUGGGGGAUUGGCCAGCUGGGACCUGGGGGAGUGGUCAGAGUGCACUAGAACCUGCGGCCCGGGGACCCAGCAACGCCAGGUCAUCUGUCGUCAGGCGCUCCGUAAACAUGGCAACAGUACGGCAACGGUGAUCGCCGUGGAGACGGAGCAGUGCGGAGGUUAUGAUAGGCCGGAGACGACAUCGCCCUGUCAGCUAAAGAUCUGCAGCGAGUGGCAGAUACGCUCCGAGUGGAGCCUGUGUUCAGUCCCGUGUGGUGUGGGCCAGAGCAGCAGAGAGGUGGUGUGUGUUGGUAACCAGGGAGACGUGGAGGGGGACAACCAGUGUAACCUAGGGGUGAAACCAGCCCCUCUUCAGAACUGUGACAUGGGACCCUGCGCAGGGAACUGGUUCACCUCACCAUGGAGCACACAGUGUUCUACAGAGUGUGGUGAAGGCAGACGUAGUCGCUCAGCAGUGUGUCUGUUGGACCAUGUGACUAACCUACCAUUGGAUGGCUGCGACGGGCCCCGCCCACAGGAAGUAAUCUCCUGUGAUGCUGGGCCAUGUCACCUCCACCUGGAAUGGUACACUGGACCCUGGGGACAGUGUUCGGCGGAAUGCGGAAACGGAACCCAGACCCGGGGCGUGGCCUGUCUACUCCAUGACAACGGUCGCCUGGAGGCUGUGGACCAAUCAAACUGCUCCCACCUGGAUCAACCAAUGAGCUCUCAGAGCUGCCACUUGAAGGUGUGUGGGGUGCAGUGGUACGCCACCGAUUGGAGCACGUGUUCUCGCUCCUGUGACGGAGGUUACCGUGUGCGUGAGGUGUGUUGUCUUGCCGACAACGUGACCCCAAGUGAGCUGUGUGACCUCAGUGCGACCCCUGAGAGUCGGGAGGAUUGUAACACCCAGCCCUGUUUACCUGAGACAGUCUCAUCGUGUAGUGACCAGUACUAUAACUGCGUGUUCGUGGUCCAGGCCAGGUUGUGUGUGUACUCCUACUACAGAACUGCCUGCUGCUCAUCCUGCUCCGUCAUCACACACACACACUCCUCAAGAACCACCUCCGCAGGCGAUGACUUCCCCAGAUAGGAGUUUGUCUCCCUAACUGAGAUCACCUGGCUCCUGGAAUACACACCUGAAAGAACAACACCUGAAAGAACAACACCUGAAGGAACAACACCUGAAGGAAACACACCUCACCUCCACCUGAACACACCUGUAUCAAUACCAACACUCACCUGGCCUCACCUCCACCUGAACACCUGUAUCAACACCAACACUCACCUGGCCUCACCUCCACCUGAACACACCUGUAUCAAUACCAUCACUCACCUGGCCUCACCUCCACCUGAACACACCUGUAUCAACACCAACACUCACCUGGCCUCACCUCCACCUGAACACCUGUAUCAACACCAUCACUCACCUGGCCUCACCUCCACCUGAACACCUGUAUCAACACCAACACUCUCCUGGCCUCACCUCCACCUGAACACACCUGUAUCAAUACCAUCACUCACCUGGCCUCACCUCCACCUGAACACACCUGUAUCAACACCAACACUCACCUGGCUUCACCUCCGCCUGAACACACCUGUAUCAAUACCAUCACUCACCUGGCCUUACCUCCACCUGAACACCUGUAUCAACACCAACACUCACCUGGCCUCACCUCCACCUGAACACACCUGUAUCAACACCAACACUCACCUGGCCUCACCUCCACCUGAACACACCUGUAUCAAUACCAUCACUCACCUGGCCUUACCUCCACCUGAACACCUGUAUCAACACUCACCUGGCCUCACCUCCACCUGAACACACCUGUAUCAACACCAACACUCACCUGGCCUCACCUCCACCUGAACACACCUGUAUCAAUACCAUCACUCACCUGGCCUUACCUCCACCUGAACACCUGUAUCAACACUCACCUGGCCUCACCUCCACCUGAACACACCUGUAUCAACACCAACACUCACCUGGCUUCACCUCCGCCUGAACACACCUGUAUCAAUACCAUCACUCACCUGGCCUUACCUCCACCUGAACACCUGUAUCAACACUCACCUGGCCUCACCUCCACCUGAACACACCUGUAUCAACACCAACACUCACCUGGCUUCACCUGAACACUGGACUCCAUUAUCAUAACACUCCAGUGACCAAGCCCUUGACUUGUUCACUAUUGUUAUUGUUCAUGUUUAAACUUCCAGCAUCACUUCCUCAUCUGUCAUUGUUUAUGUCUUGUGAUGCACCAGGUUUAUAUUAAACAACCCAACUACGGUAUUUAUUCUAAAAAAUAAAGAC